AUGCAAUGUAUUUCAGCUUAUCGACUUCUAGAUGGCAUUACUGAUGCUUUUGACAGUUUAGACGAGCACAGGGAUAUAGCAAAUUAUUUAGGCGAUAAAAAUCUAUGUGAAAACCAAAAGCAGUUUCGUCUUCGUUGUUCAAACGAAUUUCCUACAUGCAUUCAAGUAUCGAAAGUUGGUGAUGCAAUGAUUAAUUGUCCAAAUUUUCUUGACGAAAGUAUUACUAUUCAUGAUAUAACAAAAGAAACUUUGCUCAUACAUAAUCUACUAUGUAAUCAACCGACGGAUUCGGGUUGUCAACUAAUCCGCAAACAUAUAAUCGACUCAUGGACACAUACUUCCGACAUCCACAAGAUUACAAACACAAUCACAAAAUCAGAAAGAAGUACGAAAGAAUGGCGCAUUCAAUUCCGUGAAUAUUGUAACACUUUUUGGGAUAUGGUAUCAUUCAAAGAUGAAGACACGAGUUUUUGUCAGCAAUGGGUUUGCACUAAUAACGAAUAUAAGUGUUUAUCAGGUCAAUGUAUCAAUCCCGAAUGGGUGUGCGAUGGUUCAUGGGAUUGUUCAGAUGCGAGCGAUGAACAAGGCAUUUUUAUGAUAAUCGAACAAUUGUCACUUCAUAAUCAAAUUGUACUGGGUGAUAUCAGUAAAAUAAAAGAGGGAUGCUUCAAUCAUUAUAAGCAUCAACCUUUCUCUAAUAUUUGUAAUAUUACACAUGAAUUUCCAUGUUUGUUAGCGAAUGUACUCGAUCCAUUAAACAUUAUUCAAAAUCGACCCUGCAUUGAUUUAAAGCAGAUUGGAGAUGGUGUUCAAGAUUGUUUUAAUAACUUGGACGAACGCAACAUAGUAACCGGCUGUGUAAACAAACAAAAAGGAUUCGAUGUGUAUUGCCAAACAGAAGGGGAAUGCAUUUAUUAUACAAUGAUGUGCAACAAGCGUUGUCCAAAUCCAUUUGAUGAUAGUCCUAUUUGUUCUUUGAUUGGUAAUGGUACAAAUGAGUGUCCAAAUAAGUACGAUGCUAUUUGUCUGAACAAAUCAUGUAUCAUUGGAGCUCGGUGUAAUGGAAUAAUCGAAUGUCCAAAUGGAGAAGACGAAUAUUGGUGUUCUAGUCACCGUAAUGACAUAUUCAAGGCGAUUGAUUACCGCCUUGAAAAACUCAGUGUAUUUAAUCAAGUAAAAACCAUUGGUCUCUUACCUGAAUUUCCACCAGCAGAGUCACUUUUAUCGUCAUCCUCUUUAUUACAAUCGUUUUCAUCUGAAAAUAUCUCUCUCAUUGACAAACAAGUUUUUCAUGAUGAUGNAUUAAUCGUACAAAUAAAACAGAGUACUGCCAGUAUUUGGUUAAAUGUGCUUUAUCGAAGGCAACACUGUCCAUCAGAUCGCAUUGUCUAUCCAGCACAACCGUUGAUCCGUCCUUAUAUCAUCACGGUGUACUAUCGUAAUCGUGAUUGGUCAAAGGAUGGCAGAGGUAAACUCCCUGACGAAUAUCAUUUAUCAGGAAAUAUCAAGUGUCGUGGUUAUCAAGCAACAUUAUCCGUUAAUAAAUCUGUUAUUAUAUCCAAUAAUGCUCAACUCGAUUGGGUUUCGUGGGAAGCUCAAUUUUGUGAACGAGCUGAUCAUUAUGUAUCACCAUUCGCAAGUCAAUAUGAUUAUAACUGUUGGUCAUCAAGUGAACGAACAUUUACUGGUCAACCUUACCACUUUUAUAAUAUUUUCCCACCUACAAUGCAAUGUAUUUCAGCUUAUCGACUUCUAGAUGGCAUUACUGAUGCUUUUGACAGUUUAGACGAGCACAGGAAUAUAGCAAAUUAUUUAGGCAAUAAAAAUCUAUGUGAAAACCAGAAGCAGUUUCGUCUUCGUUGUUCAAAUGAAUUUCCCACAUGCAUUCAAGUAUCGAAAGUUGGUGAUGCAGUGAUUAAUUGUCCAAAUUUUCUUGACGAAAGUAUUACUAUUGAUGGUAUAACAAAAGAAACUUUGCUCAUUCAUAAUCUACUAUGUAAUCAGCCGACGGAUUCGGGUUGUCAACUAAUCCGCAAACAUAUAAUCGACUCAUGGACACGUACUUUCGACAUCCACAAGAUUACAAACACAAUCACAAAAUCAGAAAGAAGUACGGAAGAAUGGCGCAUUCAAUUCCGUGAAUAUUGUAACACUUUUUGGGAUACAGUAUCAUUCAAAGAUGAAUACACGAGUUUUUGUCAGCAAUGGGUUUGUACUGAUAACGAAUAUAAGUGUUUAUCAGGUCAAUGUAUCAAUCCCGAAUGGGUGUGCGAUGGUUCAUGGGAUUGUUCAGAUGCGAGCGAUGAACAAGGCAUUUUUAUGAUAAUCGAUCAAUUGUCACUUCAUAAUCAAAUUGUACUCGGUGAUAUCAGUAAAGUAAAAGAGAGAUGCUUCAAUCAUUAUAAGCAUCAACCUUUCUCUAAUAUUUGUAAUAUUACGCAUGAAUUUCCAUGUUUGUUAGCGAAUGUACUCGAUCCAUUAAACAUUAUUCAAAAUCGACCCUGCAUUGAUUUAAAGCAAAUUGGAGAUGGUGUUCAAGAUUGUUUUAAUAACUUGGACGAACGCAACAUAGUGACCGGCUGUGUAAACAAACAAAAAGGAUUCGAUGUGUAUUGCGAAACAGAAGGGGAAUGCAUUUAUUAUACAAUAAUGUGCAACAAGCGUUGUCAAAAUCCAUUUGAUGAUAGUCCUAUUUGUUCUUUGAUUGGUAAUGGUACAAAUGAGUGUCCAAAUAAGUACGAUGCGAUCUGUCUGAACAAAUCAUGUAUCAUUGGAGCUCGGUGUAAUGGAAUAAUAGAAUGUCCAAAUGGAGAAGACGAAUAUUGGUGUUCUAGUCACCGUAAUGACAUAUUCAAGGCGAUCAGUUACCGCCUUGAAAAAGUCAGUGUAUUCAACCAAGUAAAAACCAUUGGUCUCUUACCUGAAUUUCCACCAGUAGAGUCACUUUUAUCGUCAUCCUCGUUGUUACAAUCGUUUUCAUCUGAAAAUAUCUCUCUCAUUGACAAACAAGUUUUUCAUGAUGAUGAUGAAACUGUACAUUACCCGUUUAUUUGCAAUAAAGGUGUUCAAUUUGCUGAUCAUAUGUCGAACAAGUAUAUCUGCUUUUGUCCGCCAUCGUAUUAUGGAGCCAACUGUGAAUACAUGAAUGAUCGUAUUACUGUUUUUACUCAUAUUAAUCUUGAUAACUAUCCAAGUUCCGCACAGAAUACUGUUACUAUCAAAUUACUUGUUAAAUUUAUGUUUAAAAACAAUCUUUUACUUGAUCAACAUGAAGUUCACGUUUUUCCAUCUCUUGAACAGAAAGAUUUCUAUACGAGACAUAAAAUUCAUCUUCUUUAUCCCCGAUCAGAUGUUUUUUUGGACUAUAAAAAAGCUCGUCGUCUCCAACGUGCUGCAAUUAUCUAUGAACAUCCAUAUUCAGUCUAUUUCGAAGCGUAUGAGCUCAGUAGAAACUUAAACAUUCGUCUAAUUGGUCUUUGGCGCUACCCAAUCUAUUUUGAUUUUCUACCUUCGUUUCGUUUAGCCAAGAUCUUACGAUUUCCUACAGAUUUAAAUGAUCCAUGUGCCAGUAAUCCAUGUCAAUCGAAUAGAACUAAAUGUCAACGUGUACUUAAUUCAAAUACUUCUUAUAUAUGUUCAUGUUUUGAUGGAUUCUAUGGCGAACAUUGUGAUCAAUAUGACGAGCAGUGUUCACAAUUUUGUUCCUCACAUUCAAUUUGCAAACCUACAAAUCGACCGGUAGUUCUUGAUACUCAGCAUCCAUUCUGUAUUUGCCCUUUUGGUUAUUUUGGUCCAAGUUGCCAUUUAAAAUAUGAUCAAUGUGAUACUGAUGUUUGUUUAAACAACGGAACUUGUCUUCCCAUACCUGAUCCGAUUAGCAUAAAUUCCUACAAAUGUAUUUGUACUUCUCGAUUCUACGGUGACAAUUGUGAAAAUGAAAAAAUGUCUGUUCAUAUUCGACUCAAUAUCACACAGGAAGACAAAAUUCAUGCUGUCAUUAUGCAAUACUUCGACUAUAAUUAUGUAACACNAUAUGAUCAAUGUGAUACUGAUGUAUGUUUAAACAACGGAACUUGUCUUCCCAUACCUGAUCCGAUUAGCAUAAAUUCCUACAAAUGUAUUUGUACUUCUCGAUUCUACGGUGACAAUUGUGAAAAUGAAAAAAUGUCUGUUCAUAUUCUACUCAAUAUCACACAGGAAGACAAAAUUCAUGCUGUCAUUAUGCAAUAUUUCGACUAUAAUUAUGUAACACUCGAAUUGAUCAUCAGAAAUCAAUUUUUAUCGGAAGUUAUUCCAAAUAGUUUGAAUUUUAGUUAUGGACAACAGUUAGCGCCUGUGUUUGGUCUACUGAAAUUGUAUGGCAACGAUAAUGAACCACGUUUUCAUCUGCUGUAUAUCAGAAAAAAGGAAACGAAUGCUCGUAUCAAUUCAAUAGUCAGUGAAAACACGACCUUCUGUCCGAAAGCAGACACAUUUCUUGUCAAUCAAAUUAAAUCUUUGAUUUCAAAACAUAAAUAUAUAGAAUUUUUUGAAAAGCGACAAAAUUUAUCGACACAUCGUCAUAUGAUUUGCUUUCAUGAUGACAAUUAUUUAUGCAUUUGUGAAUCUAAUUUCCGUCGUGUUGAAUGUUUUGGCUAUGAUAGAUCGUUGGAUUCAUGUUCUUAUUGUCUCGCAAAUGGACGUUGUCUGAAAGGUGAUCUCGGAAAUUCCAGUAAUUUAUUAUGUCUUUGUCCAUAUUGUCAUUAUGGUCAUUUAUGUCAAUUUAAUACAAGAUUAUUAAGUUUCACUCUUAAUUCACUCAUUGCACCAAAUUCAUUCUUUGUUCGAAUACUUUAUUUAAAUUUAAUUAUUGUUUUGUUUGUCAUUGGUUUUUUCAGUAAUAUUUGCUCGAUAUUAACCUUUCAACGUAACAAUCCACGAAAAUUGGGUGUUGGAAAUUAUUUACUUAUUCUCUCAAUCAUUAAUCAAUUAUGUAUUCUUUUUCUCGCUCUUAAAAUCUUUCAAGUUGUCUUAGAAACACUCGUUCAAUUCUCGAAUGUCAUCUCAUGCAAAAUGAUCAAUUACUUUUUGCCAGUAUUAACCCGUAUCAAUUACUGGUUAAGUAGUUGGAUCACUAUUGAACGACUUGCAAUCGUUCUUGUUCCGACGAUGACGCGUUUUAGACAACCUCGAUUUGCUCUCUCUCUUAGUUUAUUAACUGUGUUGAUCAUUCAUAUUUUACACACACACGAACUGAUUUACUAUACUGUCGUUCAAUCAAUGUGUGUGGUGAAUUUCGAGAUUCAUCCAGGUGUUGCAUAUUAUAAUCGUAUAUCUGUACUCAUUCAUUAUUUGUUACCAUUUUCUAUUCAAAUUAUUUCUAUUACUAUGCUUGUUUGGACAGCUUCUCAAAGUCGAGCAAAGUUGGCAAAAGAAUCCUUCGUUGAAGUACUUAAAAAGCAAUUCGAAAAGCAAAAAGAACUUUAUAUUACGCCAAUAAUUAUUGUAUUAUGUUUACUUCUUCAGACUGUACUUGCGUUCGCUUUCGCUUGCACGAAAUUGAACCAAUCAUGGCAAAGGCACACCUUAUUAAUCGCUUAUCUCCUAUCAUAUACCCCACAAAUACUUGGCUUUAUAUUUUAUGUUAUUCCAUCAACUGUAUACAAAAAUGAAUUUCAACAGACAUGGAUUGGAAAGAUACGAUACAUGAAAUGGUUAUUGAGAAAUCGCUAA